UGAGAAGGCUUCCUGUUUCUGUAAGAGGGUCUGUCGGUGGUUUCUUCCUUUUCAAACUUAAACAAUAGCUAUAUCUUUUGAAGAUAAUUGAACAGAUUACUACCAAAGUGACAGUUACAAAACUCAUACAGCUGCACAGUUCUCACUGGGAGUGUGUUUGAAUUAACCCGCAAAGCAAGAAUAAUCACCAAGCAACUCUGAAUACUCUGUGACAAGAACAACCUGUUGACUGGACCAAAAAUGGCUUCUGGAUUGGAACGUGUCAUCCUGUUCUCGAUUCUUGGUCUAGGAGGAUUUCUGAUGCUGUUUUUAAUGUACCAUAUAUCAGCUCCUUCUCAGAUCUGCCCCCCCAAGCCUGCUUUGCCAGGUCCUUACUCAAAGCGACCUGAGAACAGGUCCUUGUCUAAGCAGCCAGAGCCAGAAAAGCCCAUCAUGCUGUUGUGGUUCUGGCCUGAAAACCGCAGGUUUGAUUUUAGCGAUUGUGCCACUUACUUCAACAUUGAUAGCUGCCACCUGACAGAUGACAGGUCUCUGUACAACAAGGCAGAUGGUGUGCUCAUCUUUCACAAAUCCAUCAAACACGAUUUAUCCAACUUGCCUCCAUCACCUCGACCACCAUUCCAGAAGUGGAUUUGGUAUCACGUGGAAUCACCUACAAACACAAUUAGGAUACCUGGUCUAGAUAACCUUUUCAAUUUGACCUUGAGUUAUAGGGAAGACGCAGACAUCCCUGUUCGUUGGCGUUUGACUGCAAGGAAAAGCCAGGGUGAAGACUUUGUGUUGCCAAAGAAGGAUAAAUUAGUUUGCUGGAUUGUGAGUAAUAAAGACCCUGCAACUGGAACAGGGGUACGGAAUAACUAUUACAGAGAACUGGCCAAACAUAUUAAAGUGGAACUCUUUGGCAAGGCCUUUGCUAGAUUCUUGAAAUAUGAGGAUUACUACUCAACACUCUCCAGCUGUAAGUUCUACCUCUCCUUUGAGAACUCAGUCCACAAAGACUACAUCACAGAGAAGCUAAACGGACCACUUGCAGCAGGAACAGUGCCAGUAGUAUUGGGCCCACCGAGACAGAACUAUGAAGACUUUGUCCCAGGAGAUUCCUUCAUCCAUAUUAAUGACUUUCCCGAUGCAAAAGCCCUGGCUGAAUUCCUCCUCAAGUUGGACAAGGAUGAUGAGGCAUAUCUGCGCUACUUUCAGUGGCGUAGAAACUUCUCUGCUCAGCAACAUCUGGUUCAACUGAGUCAAGAGUUCAUCCAAUCUAUUUGUUAUGGAUGUGACCAUGUAGGACAACAUAAAGAAUACCGGGUUGUUCACGACCUUUACAAAUGGUAUUUUGUGUAAUUAGUCACUUAGCUUUUAUCCUAAUUUGCAUGUCUAUUAUCUUCAAUAUACCAAAAGGGUAUCUUGAUUUAUCCCACAGCACAUAGGGAGUGCAUACACCGCAUCAAAUGUUUUAGUGACCAGCCACAGAUGGGUGUCUGACUGCCAACAUUUUUGCGAGAUUCUACAUGUAGAAUCACUUUACACUCUGUUUGCACAUUAUGGCUGGCUCUCUGUUCAGAUGUGUAAAGUACUCUCGGCCAACAGACACUUCUCCGUGCCUUUAUACUCACAUUUGUCUAUGAAAACUUGGUAUUUGUAGACUGGCCUAAUAUACACUGCUCAAAAAAAUAAAGGGAACACUAAAAUAACACAUCCUAGAUCUGAAUGAAUGAAAUAUUCAUAUUCAAUACUUUUUUCUUUACAUAGUUGAAUGUGCUGACAACAAAAUCAC